UUAAUAAAAGGUUAGGGAGAGGGUGGGAGAGCGUCUGUCAUUGGAGCAGUGUAGAGACCCCCGAAGGGCGUGACAGGCUCAGGGUUGAUCCAGUGGGAGGAGGAGGGACAGGCGGACCCGGGGGAGGGCAGAACAGACGGAGGGGAGGAGGGAGCUGGAGCCGGCCGGGCGUGAACCGUAGUCGGAGGAGAGCUCAAAACUUCCCGGGCCGGGAGACAUCGGAUGUGUGGAGAGAGGAGGCAGCGGAAGAUAGUAGGUCCGAGAAGACCGCUCUUGCCCCCCCCCCUCUAUGUGAGGGGGGUUCCCGGAUAGUGGAAUCUCCCGAUAUCUCCAACAGGACAAGAUGGGUGCCACUAAAAGUAAGCCGCGAGAAGGCGGGCCACGGAGUCGCAGUCUGGAUAUUGUGGAAGGGUCCCACCAGCCUUUCACCUCCCUUUCUGCCUCUCAGACUCCCAACAAGAGCCUGGAUUCGCACCGGCCACCUGCACAGCCAUUUGGGGGCAACUGUGACCUGACGCCUUUUGGAGGGAUCAAUUUCUCUGAUACCAUCACUUCCCCCCAACGGACGGGACCACUAGCAGGGGGAGUCACCACCUUUGUCGCUUUGUAUGAUUAUGAAUCUCGCACAGAGACGGACUUGUCCUUCAAGAAGGGGGAAAGACUACAGAUUGUCAAUAACACGAGACCUGACAUAAGGGAAGGCGACUGGUGGUUGGCACGUUCUCUAAGCUCUGGGCAGACUGGCUACAUUCCAAGCAACUACGUAGCUCCUUCGGACUCCAUUCAGGCUGAAGAGUGGUAUCUGGGGAAGAUAACACGCCGAGAAGCAGAGCGUCUGCUGCUGAGCCUUGAGAACCCUAGAGGGACUUUCCUGGUGAGGGAGAGUGAAACUACCAAAGGUGCGUACUGCUUGUCUGUCUCUGACUAUGAUGCUAAUCGCGGCCUCAACGUGAAGCAUUACAAGAUCCGUAAAUUAGACAGUGGAGGAUUUUACAUCACGUCACGAACUCAGUUCAUCAGCCUGCAGCAACUUGUGGCCUACUAUAGCAAACACGCAGAUGGCCUAUGUCACCGCCUGACCACUGUUUGUCCCACUGCCAAGCCCCAAACUCAGGGCCUGUCCAGAGAUGCCUGGGAAAUUCCACGUGAUUCUCUUCGCUUGGAGCUCAAGCUGGGACAGGGCUGCUUUGGAGAAGUGUGGAUGGGUAUUUCUGUAGGAACUUGGAAUGGAACCACACGAGUGGCCAUCAAGACUCUGAAGCCUGGCACCAUGUCACCUGAAGCAUUUCUGCAGGAAGCACAGGUCAUGAAGAAACUUCGGCAUGAGAAGCUGGUACAGUUAUAUGCUGUGGUGUCAGAGGAACCCAUCUACAUAGUAACAGAGUAUAUGAGCAAAGGCAGUCUUCUGGAUUUCCUGAAGGGUGAAAUGGGGCGUUAUCUACGGCUUCCCCAACUUGUGGAUAUGGCUGCCCAGAUUGCUUCUGGCAUGGCCUACGUGGAACGCAUGAAUUAUGUGCAUCGGGAUCUGAGAGCUGCGAACAUCUUGGUAGGAGAGAACUUAGUGUGCAAGGUGGCUGACUUUGGCUUGGCGCGACUGAUUGAGGACAAUGAGUAUACAGCCCGUCAAGGUGCCAAGUUCCCUAUUAAGUGGACAGCCCCUGAGGCUGCGCUGUAUGGUAGAUUCACCAUUAAAUCUGAUGUCUGGUCUUUUGGAAUUCUCCUGACUGAGCUCACCACCAAGGGCAGGGUCCCUUACCCUGGCAUGGUUAACCGGGAAGUGUUGGACCAAGUGGAACGGGGAUACCGCAUGCCUUGUCCCCCGGACUGCCCAGAAUCCCUCCAUGAUCUGAUGUUCCAAUGCUGGAGGAAGGAUCCUGAGGAAAGACCUACCUUUGAAUACCUGCAGGCGUUCCUGGAGGACUAUUUUACAGCUACCGAACCGCAGUACCAGCCUGGGGACAACCUUUAGGCUUCGCUCAUAAUCAAGAGACAUGUAUAGGACUCUUAGGAAACAGACUCAGAGUUUAAUUGCCUUCCCUCAGAGAUGGUAACAUUGGAUGCUACCAGCGAGGGAAUGCACAGGUAUAAUAAGGUGCAAUUAAUUUUCUUCCAAACAAGUCCAAGUGGAAUCUGGAAUUUUGUAUGUGUUCCAUUGAUGGAGACUUCUGAUCACCAGAGGGUGAAAGGAGAGAAUUUUUUUUAUAGUGCCACCUCUUUGAUGGUUUCCCACUUUCUAAGGCCUAUAUGAAACCAGACUCGUAUGUCCACUUUAUCCCCUUCUGUUUGCUGUUUACCCUUAAAGUGCAUGAGAAGGGUUGGAUGGAGAUUCCACUCUGGAAUGAACCACAACUGCCAUCUUUUCUACAGUAAAUUAUAUCGGACUGAUGUUUUUUGGGUUUCAGAGUUCUAAGACUAUUAUUCCAAGGGCUGAGGCCUAGCUACCGUCUUCCAUCUUCUUGCCAUGUGGAUUUACAGGGCAGAGCUACUGCCUAUGUGCUAAUGGCGGGCAGACUGGGCUCCUACCUUGUUCUAAAUGAAAUAUUUUGUAUCCUCUGUUGAUGUCCAUCAACUGCAAAACUAAUGCAACAAAAACCAAUUUCCAAGUGUUUCAAACCCUGUUUUGUAGCCAGAAAAUCAAUCAUUAAUUUGCAGUUACUACUCUCCCACAGCAGGGGAUCUUAACGCAUCCAUCUGCCUUUUUUGGGGGGGUAUCUCAGUUUAUUUUUUUUUUUAAUUUUGUUGAUGCUGAAUGAAUUGGAAGAAAAGGCUUUUGAUAUUGGUAUGUGUGACUAAUUAUACAGCUGUGCCACGGGAUUGUCGUUGAAUCUUAAUAGGUACCACAGAAUCUAGAUCCUGCCCACUACCGGGUGGGUCCGCCCUUAUUUUCUCAGGGAUAAGGUACGGGAAUUUAACUGCCAACUGAAGAAAGGGUGAAGAAGUUCUGGAACAUGUCCUGGUGCCCAAUUGAUCCAUUUCUGACGCUGACAUUUAGGGUCUUCUUAGUACUUAACCCUCUCCCUCACUGUGUCAAUCUAACAUAUACACCAGUGUAUAUAUAUGUUUCUUUUUGUUUAUUUCUAAUGGUUAUAUACCACUGGGGUACAAGCCUUGUAUUGUGAUUGGAUACCCGGAUACACUGUAAGAUUUGGAUCUAUCUCUAGGAUGAUAAGGAGAGUUUGCCUCUCUAACAGGGUUUCAAUAGACAAGGUGGGAGAGGGAAGGGGGUCAUAUUUUAUUAAUACUUUAAACAGUGGCACUACUGCUUCUAAUCUCCGUAGCAAUAAUAAACCAUGGUACCGUAAAUAAGAGUACUGUAAAGCUGA